AUGGACUCCUUGCCUGACGAAAUAUGGCGCGACAUCUUUGCCAACUUCGAAGGCCAUCUCCCAUCUGACAAAUGGUGGAUGUACGGAGUUGAAAUCGACACUUCACCCAUCAAGACCCUCCUAUCGAUAUCUCGCGUGUGCAAAAAAUUCCAUCGCAUCGCUGAGCCUCUGCUUUACCGCACGAUCCUGAUUGGGGCGCAUGAGAAUGAGAAUAAGGAAUGCUUCGUUCAGUUGACCAAAAGACUGGUCUCUAACCCACAGCUGGGACAUGACAUUCGUAGCAUUACGCUGGACAACGACUUUGAACAUGGACAUGACGACGUUCGGAAAGUCCUGAGGUCAACUUGGCUGUCUUUAGAUGCACCUAUCUCCUUCAAGAAACAGCUUGGGAAGGAAAUUGCCGACUACAAAAUGCCAGGGAUAGCGCCUCUCAUCUUGGCCCUGUCACCUCAGGUGCGGUUGGUUGACUUUACCUUUGACAACGCAUCGCCGUGUACCUCUUGGAUCUUGAGUGGACGUCCAGACUUGGAAAUAAUUGUCAAGGAAGACUAUUACGGCAGUAACAUUGAGCUGACCGAGGAAGACGAGCAAGCCUUGAAGGAAUAUGAACUUGGGCGAGGAGAUACUCAUGCAAACUAUGGCCUGCCGCAUCUGGAGGAGGUACGCAUUAGGCAUUCAGACUGCACCGACAGUCACACCCCUAUCGAUUAUCUCGAGCCAGUCCUGCUCCAUCCCAACCUCAAGACGCUGCGUCUACUUGGGAUUGGCUGGCUAUCGAGCCCGAUCAGCAACUUCAAGUUCCCAAACGAGCCAUGCAACUUGGAAACUCUUGAGCUUAAGGAAUGUCUCUUUGAUGAUUUGAGUUUGAAAAACAUCCUUACCCGUUGCAAGAAACUGAAGUGGCUCUCUAUGGAAACAGCAGACGCUCGAAGAGACGACAGGCAUCUUCACGACGAAGAGUGGGAUGUCGACCUGAGCAGGAUCGGAAAUGUCCUCAGGAGUCAUGGUCACAACCUGGAAUACUUUAGUCUUCACACCAUCGAGUACGACAACUGGGGUUUCUGCAACGGACGUCUCGGGUCCCUUCGUAACCUCAAAUCACUCCGACACCUCAAAGUCAUUCUGAACAGCUUCACCGGCCGUGUCAGAGCUCCCUGGGAGACUGACCAAGAACAAGAGAUACCACUGGCUGAAGCACUACCCCCGACGAUUGAGACGCUGCACCUGCACUGGGACGACGAGUACUACAGCCACCAUGAGUACAAGGGCUUCUGCGACAAACAUAACGGGGCCGUGUUCAAGCUUCUCAUGGCAGCGGAUAGCUUUCCUAAUUUGCGCAAGAUUAGUAUGGAGAGGUAUGGAGGGAAAAGAGAGAAGGGAGAGUCUGAGUGGGAUAAGAGUGUUGAUGGGUGGGAGGUUGAGGUGACACAGGAGCAUUUGUGGCAGAGAUAUAGUUCGACUGGGUGCACGCGGACUCUUAUUUACCUCACAAAGACGAGUUAG